GCGGGAGCUUCGUUAAAGCGAGAUUCUCGGUGACAUGGGGAACGAGAACAGCCUGGAAACCGGCGAGCUGGGCCCGAUCUCUGCACCGGGAGGCGGCGCCGCGCAGCCGCCGAAGACACCCGCCGCCCCCAACGGAGCCCCGGGAGGGCGAGCGGCGGCAGGCGGCAGUGCAAGACCACAUCAGAGUAAUCAGCUUGGUCAGCCUGAUGUGAAAAUUGAGACCCUCCAGCAGACUACUCCCAACGAUGAAAGUGCUCGAAGAAUGCAAAAUCAAGGUCGUUCUACACAAUCUGUACAACAACAAGAACAGAGGAGGACUCUCCAAGUUGACACAAAUAUGAAAAGAACAGAAAAAUCCCAUUCUGCAUCCCCAGAUAGAGGAAGUGCUCCAACCUCCCCUUAUUCAGUACCACAGAUAGCUCCAUUGCCCAGCAGUACUCUGUGUCCUAUAUGUGCAACUACAGAGCUGAACUCUUCUCCAAAACAGCCAAACUUCAACACUUGUACUCAGUGUCAAUCAGUAGUGUGCAAACAGUGUGGAUUUAACCCGAAUCCUGACAUUACAGAGGUGGACGAAUGGUUGUGCUUAAACUGUCAGAUGCAGAGAGCACUGGGAAUGGACAUGACUACUGCACCUCGUUCCAAAAGUCAUCAGCAGUUACACUCUCCAUCACACCAGCCCCAAACAGAACCACAAGCAAAUGUGCAGAGACCACCUCAGUCAGAUCACGUCCCCCAACAAGGAAGGACCACUCCGGUAAAAAGGGAACUUCCUAAAGUGCCAUCUGGUGUGCAGAGCAGACCUGAGACCAAGGUGCAACCCAGUCAGAGUGAACAGCGAGGGUCAACAACUGAUCAGUCUCAACCACACCUUCAUGGCCAACCAAAGCCUGUUGGCCCAUCAGAGGCAACCAGACCUAUGGGUCAGAGUCAGCAAACUAAGCCUUCCCCUGCAGAACAAAAGAGAACAGCAGAUGGUUCACCAGCAAGAACACAAGCUGGCCCUACCAGUAUAUCCCAGGACCAGGAGGGUAUUACUGGUAAACUCUUUGGGUUUGGAACUUCCCUUUUAAACCAAGCUACAAACCUUAUAUCCACACAGCCAGAACAGACUCCACCAGGCCAGCAAUCACCUGCUAAAGGGUCUGCAGCUAAACAGGCUCCAAAAAUAGUUUUCAGUGAUCAAAGCACAGAACUGAGUUCUAAGUUGCAGGGUUCAAUACCAGGAAUGCAAGUUAAAACUGGGGAUGUCUCUUCAAUUAAACAAGCAAAACCAGAGCCAGUUGCUCAACAGAAAGAAGCCACGAAGCCCAAAGUAUUGUGCCCACUAUGUAAAACAGAACUGAAUGUAGGAUCAAAUCAGUCUCCCAACUUCAACAACUGCACUGAAUGCAAAGUCCAAGUGUGCAACAUGUGUGGCUUCAAUCCAACUCCACAUCUGGUAGAGAAAAAAGAAUGGCUCUGCCUGAACUGUCAGACUCUGCGGCUAAUGUCUGGAAAUUUAGGAGAUGCAUCCCUUCCUGUCCCGCCAUCUGCAUCAAAACAACAACCAGCAUUAUCACCACAUCACCAAGGGCAAAUGGGUGCCAGUAUGCAACAAAAGAAAGGGGGUAGUCAACAGCAGCAAGUUGGUUCUGUGCCACCACAAAUGGCCCCUUCAGCACCAGGUCAACAAUCUUCUCCACAGAAGGGACCGCCAACUCUGAAAUUAACAGAGCAAUCCACACCAACAAAACAGCAAGGUCCAUUGGUCGUGGAUAAACUGCAAACUCAGCAAAUGCCUCCUGGACACACUGAGCCCCAGCAGCUUUCCCAGAUUUCAGACCCAAACAAGUCACAGUCAUCUAAGGAGAAGCCAAAAUCUGUAGUACAGAGCACCACAGCGUCUAUGCCAACAAAAGCGAUCAGCACAGACAAAAAAGUGGACCCUUCAAAGGAAAUUUCCCAGGCAGCUGAUCUACAAAAAGCAAAAAUGCAAGAGGAGCUGAACAAAAGUUAUCCCCAGGAGCUGUCACGCAGCCCACAAAGUUUAAGUGAUACAGGCUACUCAUCUGACGGCAUAUCAAGCUCACAGAGUGAGAUCACAACUUUGCUGCACCAGGAAGGGCAAAAACUUAAUGAAUCUGGCCCAGCACAACAUAGUCCAAUGAGCCCUUCAGAAUUUACCAAGUUGGAGAGCACCGUACGGCCAUUGCUUGAAUUCCAGAAUGUUCAAGAUCGGGCUAAAGGAGGAAUGACUGUUCAUGAUUCAAGUGAAAAACAAAUACAGCGAGAUAGGCUACAGUCACUUCCAAUUACACCAGAGUCUUACAGUUCAGAUGAAGAGCUUGAAGACAUACAAGAGGAGGAUGAAGAUACUUUGGAAUGGGAAAAUGAAGGGGAGCGAAGAGAAAGUCUAGAAUCACUUGAUGAGUUUGGCAGGAAACUGCGGCAUGACUACACUGAGGGAGGGAGUGAAAGUGCAAUACCACCUCCGCAAGCUGAUGCUGCAAGUGCAGGUGCAGAGUUAACAGAUGAAGAAUUUAUGCGAAGGCAACUCUUGGAAAUGAGUGCAGAAGAGGACAACGUAUCGGUGGAAGAUGAGAACCUGGGCAGUCAUAUUGAACAUGUUAGUAAGAAGAAGAGUCAAAAACUUAACUCAGAAUCCAACAAACAAAGCCUUUCAAAGCAACAGGAGAAUCUUAAUGUAAGCAUCAGUUAUGAAGGUACUACACUGGAAAAUUAUGGGCAGGAAGAAAACCAGUCAUGGCAAGAACAGAAGGAACAUGAUGAUACCUAUGCAGAAUCUAUAAAUCAUGUAGAAGACUCAGUGGGGGAACCAGCUGGGUUACGACGUUUUAAGACUAUUGAUUUGAACACCACAAAUACUUACACGAAUAGAGGCAUUGAAGUUUGCAGUGAAGCAGAUCUUAACAUUGACAGAGAGCCUGAACUUGAGAUGGAAAGUUUAACAGGGUCACCAGAUGAAAAAUCUAAGGGUGAAUACUCAUCUACAUUGCCAGCCUCAACACCUACUUUAUCAUCGGGCACUUCCCCUACUUCUGUCUCUUCACUAGAGGAAGAUAGUGACAGUAGUCCAAGUCGAAGGCAUAGACUUGAGGAAGUUAAACAGCAGAGGAAGGCAAGACAUCGCUCACAUGGUCCUCUAUUGCCAACUAUUGAGGACUCUUCUGAGGAAGAGGAGUUAAGGGAAGAGGAAGAGCUUCUUCGAGAACAGGAGAAAAUGCGCGAAGUCGAGCAGCACCGUAUCCGAAGCACGGCGAGAAAAGCAAAGAGAGAUAAAGAAGAAUUAAGGGCACAGAGAAGGCGUGAAAGAUCCAAAACGCCACCAAGUAACCUUUCUCCCAUUGAGGAUGCUUCUCCAACAGAGGAGUUACGUCAGGCUGCAGAAAUGGAAGAACUCCAUCGUUCAUCCUGCUCCGAGUAUUCACCAACUAUGGAUUCUGAAGCUGAAGGUUUUGAAAUAACAACCUGCAGAUUGUACAAGUCAGGUAGUGAGUACAACCUCCCCUCAUUUAUGUCCUUGUAUUCUCCAACGGAAAAAUCAUCUAACUCUUCAGCAAAUCAAAAACCACUGAAGAGCGCAGAAGAAGCAUAUGAGGAAAUGAUGAGAAAGGCUGAAAUGCUAAAGUCACAGCAACCAACACAGGACACAUCAUAUAGCAGUGCUUAUCAGUCAGAUGAUUACACGGAGAGUAAUUACAAAUACCCGUCUUCAGAUGAAUAUAAUUAUUCAAGCAAUGAGAUAACAUUAUCCCAGUCCACCUUACAAAGUGAACUGCAGAAAUCAGAAGUAUAUGAGGACACAUCAAAGACUGCUGGACACCCUCCCAAAUUGUCCCAUUCACCAUCACUUGACCUCCGCUUGCAGCAACAAAAUGCCCAAAUACAAAAUCUUGAGCGGUCUUUCCAGGAAAAAAAGCUUCUUGACGCACAAAGUGCUUAUAUUGAACUGGCAAGGCAAACGGAUGCACUUCUUACACCCGGGACAAGUCCCACCCAGUCAUCUGCACCAAUUUCUUUUAUUUCGUCCAACAGUAAUAGAGGCAUCCCUGAUGUUCGGGUAACCCGGUAUUUCACCAGGGACAUGCAGGAGCAAAGCCAUACUGCAAAACCUAUGGGAACAAAUGUUAACAAUUCACAAAUAGCUACUGCUUCUUACACAACAUACAACAAAAGAUCUGCUGUGACAGUGGCCACUGCAAUUGUGGGUCUGUCCUCUACUUGUGCGGGGUCUAUAGAUCGGACUGUCGGAUACGCUCAAGGUAGACCAUCAGAUUCUGGAAUGUCAGCGCCUUACAACACUCAAAGUAAUACUACUUCUGCAAGUAAGAAAUUCGGUGAAUCAUAUGGAUUAUCAAGCACCGAUGGGACAUCCACACAAAUAGCUGAGAACAUCUUCAAAAGUUCCACUUCUGAAGGACCUAUUUCCCCAUCUUCUAUACAGAGAUCAAUCUCUAGAACUAAAAGUCCUAUGACGGGUAGUAAAUCCACUGCAGAAUUUUCAACACAGACUUCAAAUAAUAGAGUUGUAUCCCCUUCCAGCGUAACCAUGGCCUCAUCACCAUCCACAGUAAUGGCACAAGGUACUCAGACUUCAGUGAGAUCAUCCCGCCUCACCAGGCAAAUAUCUUCUCCUGACUCCACAUUCAUGGUCAUUACUCUGGCAUCAAAUAUUUCAUCCUCAACCCAACCAUUAACUGUUAAUAUGGCCACUUCGCCCAGCACCUCACCAACACGGUUGAAUCGGCAACAAACACUGCAGGGCUGGACACAGCCAAUGAUUGCUUCAUCACAUCAGCAGAUGCAAAUGCAAUCCAUGUACAGCAAGCCUACUUCACAAGGUGAUAGAAUAUCUAUGAUUCAGCCAACACAGAGAGGGCAAAUUACUUCAUCGGUUAUCACAACAACUAGUAUGGUUGGUCAAGGUUUAGAAAGUAUUUCCUUAAAUGAAGUUUCAAAGACAUGUAGCUCUGUGGUAGAUCUCAGAACAGUUACUAAGUCACCCCCUGUCAUAAUAACAGAUUAUGGAAUGGAUUUAACAUCCUUGGCUACAGAAAGUAGGAAAUACUCACUUGAAUCAGACCAGCUACCUUGUCGUCAGUCCACUGCUGUGCAGCCAUUAAUCAUGAAUCUUAAUGUGCAGGAGCAUCCGCAUGUAAACACAACUGCAACAACAACUGUGGGUAUAACAAUCACGUCAUCAAUGGUAAUUUCCCAGACAAAAGUGCCGAAGAUAUAUGGUGAUCCCUUCCAGAAUCGCAUGGAUCUAGGUCAUGGUACAGCGAAAGCAAUUUGUCUCAUGCAAACAAAACAACUAGAAUCAGUGGUUCAACCCCCUACUGUUACAGAGAGUGGAACCAACAUUGACAUGGCAAUGGUAAUGGCAAGAUCAGAUCUAGAUAGCCAAAUGCAAACACAUUUUGCUAGAUUCAACUUAGCUAACCAAACAACUCCAGUGCGUAAAGUAGACAUUUUAGUGAAUCAGAGCAACAUCAAUAAUGCCAUAAAUAUUAGUGCCAUUCCUAAGACAGUACCUCAAGACAGUGGUUUUAUUGCCUCACAGGUACAUAAAGAAGCAUCUCUGGAAUUAAAGCCAUCUGCUCCCCCACCAAACUUGCCUGCAAUGAAAGUACACGAUACGAUGGUGCAACUGGACCACACAGCAGCUGGCACAGUCACAAAGUUGAUAAAAGAAGAUCCCCCAUCAAAUGCAAUAGAUUUGACAGGACCAAAACCAGAAAGGCCUGUCUGUUGUGACGUUGUAUAUAAAUUUCCUUUUGCUGAUAGCUGCACAGGUUCAUUUAAUCAAGGCUCCCAAGUCCCAGAUCUAGCAUCAUAUGAACCGCAACCAUGUAACAGGAAGACUGCUCACCAGUACUAUGACAACAGAGUUCAGGAACCUCUUGAAAGUUACCACUAUAAAGAACCCGUGGCUACUUACAAGGAUAGUCUUAAUAUGUAUGAAGAGCACAAAACAUUUCCUCUGGUAUUUUCUGGGCGACUGCAUUCAUCUAUGUCGGACUCCAAUCUGCUGGAGUCCAGCAUUAAUUACAACUUAUUGAAAAACGAACCUCUUUAUCAUCCACCUGGAGGUGAUGCAGCUGUAGAUCUGAGUACAAUGAAACAUUCUUACAGUUUGUCAUUCAAUCAGGGAAGAGACUGGGGACUUGGAAUGCAGUAUGGCUCCUUCACUGAUCUUAGACAGCAGUCAGAUAUCCUCAGCCAACCCACACCAAUAAGAAGAUAUAGUUCAAUGUCUAAUAUUAAUUCAGAUUACGGAUACUCGAUGCGAGAUGAUCUGUCAAAUUUUCAGGAGGCCAGUUUGGCCCAUUACAGUGCAACAACUGCUCGGGAGAUCAGCAGGAUGUGUGCAGCUCUCAACUCCAUGGAUCAUUACGGAAACCGGUACACAAAUAGUUCAGAUUCUAUGCAGUAUGGGACAUCUGCUCCAAAUGCACAAUGUGAUGGACUGUCAAGAAGCAGUAUAAUGUCAAACCAACAAGGAAUGUCUCCAGUAAAACAAAAUAUGAUGUAUAAUCCAACUUUUUCUGACUCCCGACGCCGUAUUGCAGCUCGUGGCUUUGGCAAUAUGCCACAUGCUGUACGCAUGAGAGCUAUAAGGCAGAUGUAUCCUCCAACUGCACCUGUGAGAGCACCUGAUGGCAUGAUUUACUCUACAAUCAACACCCCGAUUGCUUCCACUCUCCCUAUUACAACACAGCCAGCGUCUAUCUUGCGCCCAAUGUUGAGAGGUGUUUACAGACCCUAUUUGCCUGGUAGUGUCACAGCUGUGCCUUUGGCCAGGUUGACCAGACUUCCCCUAGUUGCACCAAGGAUGCCUGCUACAACUUCUGCUAUAUAUCGGUAUCUGCCUCCAAACCGAUUUACAGGGGUUUCUACAGCGUCAGCAAGCGAAACACCAAUCUAUCUGGGAAAGCCUGGUACAGAAACCGUAUCUAAUGUUAAAACUGCAGGUGUGAAUGCCAUUCAAAAUGUACCAAGUCAAACCAUACAGAGGCCUGAACAAAGUGAUAUUGCUCAACAAAGUGCUUUAGCUUCUAUGGCCCAGAAAUUUAACCCUGAGGCUAAUCAGUCUAAACAGCAGCCAGACGUGGGGAUCAUGCAGCAGCAGCAGCACCAGCAACUGCAGCAGCAACUCCAGCAACAAUUGCAGCUUCAGCAGCAGCAACUACAGCAGCAACAGCAACUACAGCAGCAGCCAGCACAGCAGCAGCCAGUGCAACAGCUGCACCAGCAGCCGGUGCAACAGCAGCACCAGCAGCCGGUGCAACAGCUGCACCAGCAGCCGGUGCAACAGCUGCACCAGCAGCCGGUGCAACAGCAGCAGCAGCUGCCGGUGCAACAGCAGCAGCAGCUAUCGCAGCAGCAAGUGCAGCAACAGCAGCAGCCAGUGCCACAGCAGCUGCAACAGCCAGAGCAUCAGCAAAACCUGGAACAACAAGAACAGCUUGACCAACAGAAAGAGCAGCAGCUACAAAAGCAGCUGCAGCAAUUGCUGCAGCAGCAACUGCAGCAGCAGCAACUGCAGCAACAAAAGCAGCAGGACGCUCAGCAGAGUGAUGCUGCAAGGGCUAGUGCCAGUAGAAGAAAGCAGGAAGAAAAAGAGGAAGAGCAUCAGCGAAAGCAGCAGCAAGAUCACAUUCUGCUUAUCGAGCGGGAACGAGUGGAGCUGGAAAAGUUGAGGCACCAGCGUUUGCAGGAAGAGCUGGAGCGCCAGCGGCUGGAGUUACAGCGCCAUCGGGAGAAUGAGCAGAUCAUUGUGCAGCGGGAGCUUCAGGAGCUGCAGACCAUUAAGCAGCAGGUUUUGCAUCAGCAGCAGGAGGAGAGGCAGGCCCAGCUUGUUCUCCAGCGGGAGCAGUUGGCUCAGCAGAGGUUGCAGCUGGAACAGAUUCAACAGCUGCAGCAACAACUGCAUCAGCAGCUGGAAGAGCAGAAAGUCAGAAAUACUGCAAAUUUCCCCGCAGUUUGUGAUCCAUCAGGUAGAAUCCACCCACAUAUGUCGGAGAUGGCUAUUGAGAUGCAAAAACCAAUACCACAAAGUGGACAGUACUGGCCUGUAAACCAGGGAUAUGUGGAAGGUACCCCUGUUGCCACAACUGGCCAAGAAGCAUAUUUAUCCCCACAUCAUAGAGCGAUUAUAGAACCACCACAUCGAUCUGCUUCUGAACUUUCCCUUCGAACUGAUGAGCACUUGGAAAAUAGGGGCAUCAGGAAACGAAAUUCAAUGCCAAGACUGAGGGAUGCUUAUGAGGGAAGUGAUACAUCAUUGCGCGAUCAGUAUGUGGUUAAGAAAAUAGCAGACUGUAGCGUACAAACUGAUGAUGAAGAAGGAGAAGAAAGCUACUACAUGUCUCGUCGGAGGAGAACUAAGCGGAGUGUGGAUUGCAGUGUGCAAACAGAUGAUGAAGACAAUGGAGAAAUGGAGCAGCCUACUCGUAGGCGCCGCUCCAGAUUCUCAAAGCAUUCAGAUUCAAGCACAGAAGGCAAACGGGAAAUGCAAAAGGGGACCUCCAGUAUUGCUAUACAAACAGUCAGUGAUUGCUCUAUACAAACAGAUCCAAAUGAGCUUGGACCAGUAUCACCUGCCAUCCAUAUCACGCCUGAUCCACGAGUGGAAAUUGUAAGAUAUAUAUCUGCUCCUGAGAAGACCCGUAAAGGAGAGAGUCUUGGUUGCCAGACAGAACCAGAAGCACAGUCACAGGGCAUUGUUGGUCCUCACUUUGCAACUUCUAGUACUGUUAAUCCCUACUCUACUAACAUACAGAUUGUAACACCCGGCCCACUGGAUCAAACCAAUGCCAGGCAGCAGGGAAUCAUGAUUGUCCCAAAGUUUGAGAAAAAGAAACCAGAUCCUUUGGAAAUAGGAUAUCAAUGUCACCUUCCACCUGAACCUUUGCCUCAAAUGAUUCGCCAGCCUCCUAAGUCUCCACAGGUGCUGUACUCUCCCGUGUCACCACUCUCUCCUCAUCGGCUUUUAGAUACAUCUUUUACUUCAUGUGAGAAGUUAAAUAAAGCCCACGUUACUCCACAGAAACAUUUUGCCACUGAGUCACCUAAGCGACAGCAAGGUCUGCCUCGGCCAAUCAAGGUGAUGCAACGCUCCAUGUCUGACCCAAAGCCUGUCAGCCCGACUUCAGAAGAUUCUGGAAAACUGAGAUUUUUUUCUCAUCAUCAACAAGGUCUACAUGGCAGUCAGAUUGGAAACUUGCAGCAGAGCACAAUGAAGAAAGUGAAAAGAACACUACCUAGUCCACCACCUGAAGAAAUAAUGCACGGCGGUGUACCACUUCAUCCACAACUAUUUGCAACUUCACUGCCUCGCAAACGGGGACCACUGCCAGAUCAGAUCACUCGUGAUAAACUCCUGAAGGAUAUCAGUCAUGAACUGGAAAAAGUAGAGCAAGAAUCAAACAAACUCCAGAAGAAACAGGCAGAGCUUGAUGAAGAAGAGAAAGAAAUUGAUGCAAAGCUACGAUACAUAGAGCUUGGAAUCAAUCGAAGGAAGGAAACAUUUGUCAAAGAUCCAACCAAACGAGAUCUGGGAUAUGUACGGGGUCUGGGAGAGGACAGGGAUUAUAUGUCGGACAGCGAAGUUAAUAAUGUCAGAAUAUCUUCAUACAACAGCAACAAUCUCUUAGCGAGGCCACACACUGCUCCACUCAAUCAGUAUUCUGAAUUUUCAAUAGCACAGCAUCCAACCACAUCAUCUCAUUACCCUCCAUCACAGGUCACUUCUCAAGGUCUGACAACCUAUCAACAAGGAGGAUAUCAACCACUCCAUUAUCCAGUUCCCAAUACUUACCAGUCACAAAACAAUUUUCAGUCUCAUCCAAAUUUACAUUCUCAAAACACUUUUCAGCCACAAUCAUAUCCCCAGAACACAAACUACCAGACUGACAGUAGUUUACAGAACAUAGCUGGAUUCCAGUCACCUAACCAGUACAAUACUCAUACUACCUAUCCAAAUCAGGCUCCCUUCCAGUCUGCUCAGUAUCAGCAACAGGCAAACGUCCCAACACAACAUCAGAAGCCAAGGCAAACAUCAUUAGCUGAUCUUGAACAGAAGAUACCCACCAAUUAUGAAGUAAUUGGUAAUACAAAUGCAAUUAUUUCUGCGACUUCAUCUGAGAAAGUUUACACAACUACAACAGUGAGUAACAACUAUGACCAGUACAAGAAUACAGAGUUGAGAGUUGCUGACAGUGGAAGUGCAAUAGAAAGUCCUUCAACUAACUAUUCAGCAGACUCCCUGUAUGCAAACCUAGAACACAAUAUUUCUCGCAAUUAUGUUAUGAUUGAUGAUAUUAGUGAAUUGACCAAAGAGAAUACCUCAGCAACAGAAAAUCAGAAAGUAGAACCACCUCCUCAACCUAGUAAUACAAGACAUGGAAAAGAAAAGAAUGACUUCAUGGAGGCAACCAAUUCUAAUAGGACCCAUGCAUAUAAUAAAGCUGGUGAUGAAUCAGAGGAAGACAUAUAUGACCUCCAAGUAUCAGACCAUCGAGGGAAGAAUGGAUACCAAAGGAAUUCAGAUGGCCAUGGCAGAAUAUCAAAUAGCUCAAGUGGAUCUUCAUGUUACUAUGCAGAUAGCAAUCACAAACAUUCCUCUCGAACAGACAAGCACAACUCUUCUUAUGGGUCUCAAAAGCAUUCAUCGAAGCAACAGGCUCCCGCUGUGGUAUCUGCCAAACGCAGCAAACACAGAAAACAAAAUAUAGAACAGAAAAUCUCCAAGUUUUCGCCAAUAGAGGAAGCUAAAGAUGUGGAAUCUGAUUUUGCUUCAUAUCCUGCAACAACUUCAGCAGCAGGAAACAAUGUGAUCUUGAAGGCACAGAAGCUUCAGGAUGAGAUAACAUAUGGUCUCAAGAAGAACAUUUAUGAUCAUCAGAGAUAUUCUGGUCAUGGUAGUAGAGAAUCAUUGCAAGAUUCAGAGAGAGGCUACAGCAAUGGCAACAGAUCAAGAUCUUCCUCAAUGUAUGGGAUGGAAAAAUCUGGAAAAGAAGCCCCUAGUCCUAGAAGUAAAUCUUAUGAAAGAGAUGCAAUGGAGCGGUCUCAGAAGACAGGAAUGGGCCAUAGUCGAGGACGUGGUCCUAUAAGAGCCCAAGCAUCCCAAGAGGAAAGCCCUUUGAGUCCUCUGGGAAAUCAGGUGCAUGCAGGAAGGGCAUCUAGAGAACCUCUCCCACCAAAUGUUGUAGACAGCCGAUCUCAAUUUGGCUCUAGCCACUCCCUGCCUGAUGUGCAGGAUGGAAAAGAGACAUCACGUAGCUAUACUUAUAGAGAGGAUGACGGUUACAUCAUGGAUGAUAUGCACUGUGCUGUGUCUGACAGUGAAGCCUAUCAUUUGGGCCAAGAGGAGACAGACUGGUUUGAAAAGCCCAGGGAGCGUUCCAGACAUUACAGUGGACAGCCUUCAUCACAGAGACGCAGUUACCGAAGCCACUCGCGCCAUGACUAUGAUGAACCAACAGAUGAUUCAUGGCAACCGGUAGAUCGUUCACAGUCACGGUACUCCUCAAAAGAGCACCAGAAACAGUCUGCAUAUCAGUACGGAGAACCUGCCCGACAUUCGUCACGCCAUGCAGCUGAUGAACCUUCACGGAAAUCUUCAAGGCAGCACUCAAAAGAGCAAUUUCGCCAAGAAUCCCGGCAAUAUUCCCAACCGCCUUUGCAGAAAAGAAGCCAACAAUCAGAGCAAAGAUCCCAACGAGAUCCUCACCUAGGUUCUGCAGAAUGGACCCAGCCUCGAUCAGCUUCUGGGCAUCAUCUUGAUGCUGAGUCAUCACGAUCCCAGAAGCACUCGCAGCAACAACAACAGUCAACCAGAAAACAGUCGGAAUCCUCAUCUCCUCAACAACAUACUCGGACCCAGCACAGUCAGCCUCCACCAUCACGGCAAAAUCAUUCGCAACAGCCAGUGCGGCAGUCAGCGUCGCAAGUGCGGCAGCCUCAACCGUCGCAAGUGCAGCCCCCGUCGCAACUGCAGCAACAAGCACCCACGCUGCAGCAACAGCAGCAGCCACGCCAAUCUCAACCGCAGCAACGGGCACGGCAGCCACAGCAGCAACAAGCACGGGCACCGCAGCAACAAGAGCCACAGCAAACCCAGCAGCAGCAACCAGCACAGCAGCAGCAACGCCAACAACAACAGCAACAACAGCAGCAGCAGCAGCCACCACAACAGGCACAGCAGCAACAGACCCUUCAGCAACCGGUCGGGCAACAACAGCCUCAACCUCAACCCCAAGCACAGCAGCCACAAACAAGGCCAACCAUGGCAAAGGUGGAUCAAACAACAGCUGCAAAACCUGUGAUAAAACAAGCAACUGCACCACAACGAGCUGCUAACUUAGCAGGUUCAAAAGCAGGUGAAGAAAAAGAAGGCGAUAUUGGAGCUUUUGUUUCCAAAAUGUUGCCAGGAGGAGCUGCUGAGCAGGCUGGGAAGCUGACUGAAGGCAUCGCUUCUUUUGGCCGUAAAUUAACUUCAUUUUGGUGAUCACACUGCUGUAAGGAAAGUUAGUGUGGGAUUGGAGAGAGGUGUAACAUACUGGAAAAACCUAUGAAGAAUCAGAAUACAUUCAACAAGAAACAUUAGAGCAUGGGACUCUGUGUAUACUGUUAAGAGGAAGAGGCAAAAUGGAAACCUGAAUGGCAACAGGAUACUAAAUAUGCACAUCGAAUGGAGCGACUGUUUCUUUCAAGCCUGGCAGGAGGACAAACAGACCAUCCCAGGAAUCAAUCCGGACUGCAGAACAUCUUCAGUAUUGAAGGCCAGACAACAACAGGAAGCCAUGAGUCUGUGUGAGGGCAGAGAAUGAAUAACCUCACUGUCCUUAUGCAGCACUGCAGGAAAAAUUACCCCAGCAUCUGACAGCUUUGCCAAGGAUUUUCUGGUUGUCCCAUAAUGGAAAUUGUAAGACAAAGCUUGUCAGUGUCUGUCUAUGCAACGUGAAGAGGAAAACGCGUCCAAGAGGAAACGUCAUAACUUGCUGAGACUUUAAACAAAGGUUGGCUGUGCCUUAAGUAUUUUGCAGGUUGGCUGAAGAAGCAUUUUAGGGAAUCUGAUGUCUUUGGUUCUCAGGAUAAUUUUACACAUGGGCACGGAAAGAAAAUUUGGAAGCCAACAUUUGUCCAAGUUCAAAUCUGCUUGUUUGGUGGAAUUUUGAAAGUGAAGCCUCUAGGCCAUUGAGAACCUCCAGUUAUUGGCUAUCACUUGACAAUUUUCAAUGAUGGUUUGGAGAUGCCUUCUGCCUAAUGAUGAAUAUUUGGAAUUAUUUUACCUCCAAACGAUGUUUGCAGAAUUUGGGAUUCCUUAUGCUUGGGUUUGCUCAAUGCCCUCUUUUCUUGGACCCUGAAGGGAAAGACUGGAGCAUGCACAGAGUCCAGUUUCUCUCACUCAAGCUUUUGAUCUUCAUAGGUUUUACUGUAUUCAUAGACUAGAAUUCCUUGAGGUGAACUUACUACCUUUUUUAGGGCUGGGAGCAAAAGCUCCAUUUUCCCCAAACAUUCCACUAUCUUUUGUUCACUUUCCAGCUGAUUCUAUGAGAUGGGCAGGUGCAGCGCUGUGCAGUAUUCUGUGGACCCCCCCCACCCCCCGAGGCAUUCCAGAAAAGAAUGUCAGGACUCAGCCCUUUACCCAGGACCUAGCACUGUUCAAUGAUUGUGAAACACAAACACUGGUCACAAGAACCAAAAGUGUUAAAAGUAAUCACAUCACUGGUGACAUCUGGAUUGACAUUGUGGACAGACAUGCCAUGCAGUUAUCACAAGCUAUUUCAUUACUUUACUGUGGGUGUAUUCCACAUAAUGUUUUUCCGUUAACAUGCUUGCCUGUAUUUUUAUGUAUGCUAUUUUGAAAUCGCCUUAAUCAUUUCCAAUUUUCUAUUGUAUACCUCAAAAGAUUUUUUUCUCUCUCUUCUGGACACAACCUGCAUUUUUUUCCUCAUCGCUACACAGUACUGGAUAUGUAUUGGGUAGAAAAGGAGGGAUGGUACUAUUAGAAGCAAUAGGUCAGUGGUAGGCUGACAAGAGCACAAAUAUGGAGGAGAAAGCAUGCCUCUGCCCUGCAUUUAUGGUAAUGUGCAAUUCAUUUGGGCUUCCAUUCAUCAGAAUAAGAUGAAGGAAAACAAUUACCAAUUCAGAUUUUCUAUGCAAUGAUAAGAAAACUGUGUUAAUAUUUAAUACUGAAUUUAAUGUUAUAUAUGGCAUUAAUUAAAAUUAUGAUGUUGAUAUUGAGAAGCAAUGUUUGUAACUGUAACUCAUUGAUUGGCAUAACCUGUCAAGUGUGGUGUUGUUGAACAAUUGACAGGAUCAGUUGCCAAAGGCAUAGCCACGUUAAAGCAGUGGGUUAGUAGUGUGCAUGUCUUUGUCUGCAGAGCAUGACUUGCUGAUUCAGUGCUUGCCUUCCAUUUAGUAUUGCAGUUGUAGUGUUGCCCAUAUUAAAUUUAUUGUAUGCACUUGCUAUUGGCAAGCCACAACCAAGGAAAUUCCAUACUCGGAGAGACCUAACUGGUCACCCAUGGGAUUUCCCAGUCCUAGAGCACGAUAGUUCUGUUUAAAAUAGAACAUCAGAUUCCUACCCUCUCAGCUUAUCGAGCUUAUUGUUAUUGGAAUGACAAUUCCCAAUUCAGAAGUACUUAAGCAUCUUUCCAUUAUAUAUUCUAAAGGCAGAUGUUAAACAUAGAUAUCUUGAUCAGAGAAAGCUGCAGUAGGGUUUGAUGUGACCUCAGGACUGUAGGUUGGAGAAUAUUGAUUAUUUUCUUACCAUUGAGCUUUGGAGGGUCAAACAUAGCUUUAAUUUCAAAAUUUUGAAUCCAAAACUUAAGAAUUUUAUUUUGUUUCUUAAGCCCUUGCAAUAGCCCUAUUUUCUUUCCCUCUUUGGAAUAUCACCCUCGUUACCAUGAUGAUCCAUCUUGAAAAUAGUGGGAUUAUAAAUUCUUUCCAAGCACCCAAUACCGAAAAAAAAAUUCAGCAGCUGGAGUUUCAAUUUUAAAAUAUAAAAUAUAAAAUUUAAAAUAUAAAAUAUAACCUCAGAUGUCAGAUGUCUCUGCCACCAGCUACUUCAUAAUAAAUGAACUUCAUUACAAUUUGCAUAUGCCUUAGACUAUCAGACUAAUAUCCUACACAUCACUUGUUGAAACUUAAGAAAGAAUUUUGAUCAGGUGGGGAUGUUUAUUCAAGUUGACCCAACUGGCUCCAUCACAAGGCCCAAAAGUUCAGAUUUGGAGCCAUUAUUAUCCAUAUUUUGCAGAGACUCUUGGAGGUGCCGUUUCUUCUAGGCUGACUGGUUUCACUGCCUACUGUUCCUUCCCUGUGUACACUUUUAAAUCGUAGUAUAACCAGUAUCUACAUUUUCCAUAUCUUGUGUCAUUAACAUGUAUAUAUGUUAGUAUGCGCAAAUGUACGUAACUGCAUGAAUAAUCAGCUCUGGAAAAAUAAUUGAUGUCAACCUACAUUAUUACUCUUGUCUAACCAUGUAUUCGGUGACAGUCUGAGGACGAAUGUAAUUGGGUGGCAUUAUCGUUCUGAGAGAUGCAGUAGCAUUCCCGUAUCAGACAGAUACUUUCUUCAGUUUAUUCGACAGCAGAUACACAGAUUUCAAAUGAAGGAAAAUGCCAUGGUUCUGUAAAAAUAAUCAAAUCUUAUUUCAGAGUAUCCAGCAUUAAAAAAUGUACAUAAAAUUAUUUGCAAUUCUAUAUGAAAGAAGCAUAUAUUUUGAAAGCUAUAAAAGAUUUACUAUUGAGGAGUUUAAUGCAUUUAGAUUUUAAGUGAUUUCCGGGGUUGUGCAAUCAAAGAUUACUUCCUCUCGUCGUGGUAUUUGUGAAUGAAGAAAACAGAUGAUGUCUGCAAAAGACAGUCACCACCCAUGAGAGUUAGUGUUAUCCUGCAUCCCACCACAAACAUCUGUAAUUACCUCACAAAUGUGGAAGAAUGAAUUUCAUUCAACCUUUCUAAAGAUACUAGAGGCCUGAUGUUUUCAUGGCACUGCAUUGAAAAGAAAACCCCAAAUCUAAACUUCAGAGACUAUUGUAUACUUAAGAAGUUCUUGGUGCAGAUAAUGAAAAGAAUGCUUUACCUUCAACGUUGGAAAAUGAUCAUUUGUAACAAGAGGAAAGAUUAUUUAUUGCUGUAUUGGAAAGGAAAAUAAUGCUUCAGUUAGUUUAAAUCUCUUAAGAUGGGCAUCAAAAGCAAAGGUGCAACUACAUUGAUUGCCUUGCAAACAUUCGGUAGAGAUGGACAUUAUAGACUAACAGUUCAGGCCCAACUGAAUCUAUGGACUGUUCCUCAGGUUUUUACCUGUGUGGAGUUCUUUUACCACAGGACCUGCAUAGUACAUGGAGGUGAGUCACCACUCUCCUCAAGGAAUUAGGGAUGGGUAUUAAAUGCUGUCCUUGCCCAUGACACCCUCAUCCUGUACACAUAGGAGCACCCGGUGCUCUAGUGCUGAACUGUUGGAUUACUACCAUUAGAGAACGUCAGGGAGCUAUGCGAAUAACAAAAUAGCCAUUAAGUGGUCCAAGCUAGUGCAACAGCAUUGUAAUUUACUCUGCAGAUCCCAUGGACUUUACACUACUAAUCAUCAGCCACAUGGAACAUUCCACUCCUGCAAAAUUGAACUGCAAAGCAAGAAUAUCUAAAGCAGAAUUACAGUGUAUUUUGUUCAGACACAUGUACAUAAAGUGAUACUUCCAAGUACGCAGUGAUUCAAAAUGUAAACUGACAGAGGUACAUGUCAAGAGAUGCUUAAUAUGAAUUUGAUCAAGUACAUAGAUUCUUCAUAAGAUUUGUGCAGUCUUUGAAUAUUCAUUGGGAUUUCGAACAUAUUUCAAACAAAUAUCCAAUUCCUAAGUGUACACACUAAAUACAAAAAAUGAGGACUAGACAAACUAAGGGAAAUGCAUAGCAGUUGUUGAGAAAAUGUCCUUAACAAGUACGACAUAAGUACAACACAGGCCACACUAUACUGUUUACAGUACUUGCCACAGACAUCACGUUGUUAUAAACCUCAAUCAUUUUGCAGUCGCUUGUUUAUUGGUAAAGUUAUUAUCUCGUCUCAUAGCUCAUCUGUUGUCUUCAUUUGUAAGUAAACCACAUUCUCGAGGGGAAACAUUACACUGGAUUCUCAAUGAAAGUGAAUUUUUAGAGGAGAUGGGGAAUGAAUGAUAUUUGGAACCUAUUGGACUCAAUGAUUAUACUUAAGAGACAGCCCCAACUAACUCAUCAGGUUAGCUGGGGGAGCAACUAGAACUCUAGACUACAAAAUUCGCUGAUCUCAGGGUGCUAAUAAGGAUACCACAAUAGCUCCAGGCAUUGUGAGCCAAGUAGAGAAUAAUUUUGCUAAAUUCUCACAUCCUAUCCUUUACUGUAAAAUCAACGUGUAUGGAAAUUUCAAGAGUUUUGAUCACACCUUUCCCUACAGCGCACUUAAUCCAACAAUCUGAUAACCUGUUCGCAGUCUAAGUCUAUGAAUAAAGGUUGGCUGCAGUGUGAAAGAGCAGUACCUGCCCAGGGAACUAUACACUAAUGAGGGGUCAAUGUUGGUAGAAAAAGGGAGAAUAAAAAGUUCCUGUUUGUGCUGUAAAACAUAAAAAGCCUAAUUUUGAUAUCUCGCGCGUAUUAAUUUAUUGUUUGAAUUGCUUUCCUCAAACUUAAAAUCAGUAUUUGAUGAAAACUCCUGAAGAACAACUAUCAGUUCCCUAACUCUUCAUUCUGUUCUUACCUGGUGCUUUACAUUUUGACCUUUCACCUUUAGCAGAUAGCAGGUAAGUUCUCUCACAGCUCCGGUGCCUGUACCCAUGGGGGCUCCAAGUAUACCUUGACAGGUGGGAAAGAUAGACUAUAGCUCAUUGCUCCCCAAGGAGGAUGAUUUAGUUUCCCCAGCCCUACCUUAUUCUUUUUGCCUGUCCAAUCUCGGUUUUGGCCCUUUUCUCCCAAUAAGAUGAACUUUCAGUUGGUGCAGCCUACAUUUUAUUCAAGAUUAAACAUUUUAAAGCAGUUGAUUGGCUGCUGAAAAUGAUUUGUUUCUGUCAUGUAAAUAAUUGUACAGUGUGUAAAUCUCAUUCAAAUUAUUUAAACAGCCACUGGGUGUGGAUCUCACAUGCCAGCAAUCCUGCCAAUUCAUGCUUGUUUUAAAAAAAAAUUGAAAAGCAAAAAAAAACACCGUGUUUGUGGCUGAUUCGUAUAGACUGUUGAGAUAUUGUAUUCAGUUGUUAUUCGUGUAGAGUUUUUACAUGUUGUGUAUGAAAAUGAGGUGACUUCCUAAAGUAAACCUGACUUCCAUGUAUUUGGAAAGAGUGUAAAACUCACUGUUAUAAGUGCAAUGAAUAAUUCCCGUUUGAACAUUGUAAAUGUAUGUAUGCUGCACUGUAUACUGUGAUGGUUGUAGUAUUGAAUAUAUGAUAUUGUACAAUGUGGUUGUGUAAAAUGUGUCCAACCAAAUCAUUUCCAUGGGAAACCAAUAAAAACCUUGAAGUAACAA